AGAAGAAGAACCGGCCCUUUCCUUCUUCUCAGCGCGGCAGCUUUUCGCUCCUUUGCUACUUGAAUUUAUAAUUCGGUUUAAUUUGAAUACUAUAUAGUUCCUCUCACUCAUUCCAUAUUUUUUUAUUCAUUUAGUUUUCCGAUGAAAUAAAAUACUAAUGCUGUCUUAAACUAAGAAGUAGGAAUUCUCCUCCCUCUGAAAAAGAGAGGAAUUUUAAUCGAUAUAAAAACCACCAAGUUCGUGGAACUACCCAGUAACCCCACUACGCCUCGUUUGCUCUCACAAACCCUUUGCAUUCAACAACCGCAUAUGUUGUAUAUUUUUAGCACUCUAAUUUGUGAGAUCAUCCUUUGAUUUUCUUGAAUAGUGUUCUGGAAAUUUCCUCCUCUUGUGUUUUUCAAGUGUUAAUUUGUGUGAAAAAUGGAACCGUGGAAGUUCGAAUAAUCGUCAGGUGAGUAAGGGUUAUUUCUGGAAAUGGUGAACUCAUUAAGUUGGUCGAAAGUUUUGUGGAAUAUCUUGCUGCUUAAUUACAUCCAAAUGAUGACGUCGAAAAAAUGUUUUGUAACUUCUGGCAUGAAUAGUGACAGUCAUCCUUCUAAUUUCAAGCCAUCAGAGUCGAAUGCUUUCUCGAGUUUCAGAUCAAAAUAUGGUGCUGCCUCUCCUCAUGCAGCUGUCUCUAAUGCAACCAACCCGAAGCCAAAUGCUGCUGCUGGGUUUCGAAGAGAAGAUGAAAGGUCCUGUAAUGGCAAGAUUCCUAGGUCUCCAGAUACGGCAAAAUAUGAUAUGGCCAUUCCUGCUGUUCCAUUGAGAAGUGUACCAAUAGAUGCUAUGAAACGAAAACCUAAAAAGCCAGCCUCAUCACAUGGUAACGAUCAUGAUGAAGGACAGAAAAACGCUAAAACCUGCAGUAAUACGGUUAAUCAAGAAGACGACUUGUGGAAGCAAGAGGUGGACAAACUGGAAGUAGUUAUUGCUGAGGCAAAAGAGUUUAUACAUCUGUUGGAUGCUAAGUAUUCUACGCCUAUCACAUUUCCUGCUGUGGAAGACCUUCGCAAAGAUCCUGUUGUAGAAUCCAAGGAUCAACAUUCCUCUUUGAACUCUGAUGCCUUCCCUCUACACACUUCUAUUGACCAAAGGCUUUCUAGGAAAAGGUUAAAAGUUGGCAGUGGGGUCUCUGUGGUUGUUCAAGCGGAAAAUGCUACUGGAACUGAAACCAUGCCAGAAGAUGAUGAUGGCGAUGAAGUUAGUCUUUUAUCUCGUGCAGAGUGGAUAGCGUCACAGCUACGUGUCAAUCGCAAGGAUAAACAUGUCAACAAACAUCAAGGGGUUAACAUUGUUGAUUUCAUAGAUCCAGUUUAUGUUGCCACAGAAGCAGACCAACCUGGUGGAAGGUUUCCUAAAUGUGAUCUAACUGGAACUAAAUGCAGUGACCUCCAGGGUAAUGGUUCCAUGGAACCCGGUGAAUGUUCCCCUAUAUCUGAAGGGGAGCAAUACGAUGAUGCAUCAAAGAUGUUCCCUGAUGAAGAUGAAGCUAGUGUAACAUAUUCAAUAAACAAUGGACAUGCAUGCCUUGAGAAUCACAAGGAAUUUGUUAAUUUGGAGAUUGUGCAGCAUGACGAUCCUAGAGGACGUAAGGUGAUGGAGGCUCUGAAACUGUUCAAAGAGGAAUAUAAUAAAGUUUCACAGGAUCAUGAAUGUACGCCGAGGGAUGGGAAGAUCAUGAAAGGUCCACAUUUUAUUGCAGCAGAACGUGUGAAGGCAAAGGGAAUGAAUUUCUCCCCUGACAAGCCAUUUGGCCAUAUACCUGGUAUUGAGAUUGGUGAUGAAUUCUCCUUUAGGGCAGAGCUUACCAUUGUUGGUCUCAAUCGUCAAUUUACUCCAGGCAUUGAUUUUGUGACUCUCAAUGGGACACAAUAUGCAACUAGUGUUGUGAAUUCGGGGAGAUAUGAGAAUAAGGCUGAAGAGAAUGAUAUUCUCAUAUACUAUGGUCAAGGUGGGAAUCCAAAUGUAUCUGUAAAUGUAGCAUCAGAUCAAAGCUUGAGAGAGGAAAUCUUGCUUUGUAUAAUAAUGAACAUGGGGUUUCCGGUUAGAGUCAUCGAGAAAAGAAAGGGUCCAAUGGAAUCUAAAACAUUAGGUGUUAAUGAUAAGCGUGAUUAUGUGUAUGUGUAUGAUGGACUGUAUAAGGUAAAUAAGUAUUGGUAUGAAAGGGGGAGUAAAAGUUCUAAAUGGGUUUACAAAUUUGAAUUGCAGAGGCUACCAGGUCAACCUAGGGUUUGUGGUACCCAUGUUGAAUUGGGAAAACAGAUCCCGGCCACACCGGUCUUUGAUGGUGAUGAUGCUAAGCUGGGAAAAUAUACUCAGGCGAAGGACGACCAUGAAUCCAUGCAAGAAAAAGAAAAUCUUAAAGUAGUGAAUGGAAUGCUAGGGCAACAAAGGAGAAAACAGGUUCCAGCCAGGGAUAUCUGCGUUUUAGAUGAUAUCUCGCAAGGAAAAGAGAAUUUUAAAGUUUGUGCAAUGAAUAGAAUGGAUGAUGAUCAUCCACCACCUUUCACCUACACGACUAACGUUGUUUAUCCACGUUGGCAUUGGCGUAGUGAACCCGUUGGUUGUGAUUGCAUCGAUGGUUGUGCCGACUCCGUACAAUGCCCGUGUGUCAAGAAGAAUGGAGGUGAGAUUCCAUAUACUGAAAAAGGACGACUUAUGAAAGCAAAUACUGAUCGUGUAAUUCAUGAGUGUGGGCCGUCAUGCAAAUGUCCCCCUACUUGUAUGAACAGAGUCAGCCAAGGUGGUCUUCGUUUCCAAUUGGAGAUUUUCAAGACGAAAUCAAUGGGUUGGGGUGUCAGAUCCCGGAAUUAUAUGGAGCCCGGAAGUUUCAUAUGUGAAUAUAUUGGAGAGUUAUUGGAUGAAAACGAAGCCGACAAAAGAAUUGGCAAAGAUGAAUAUCUCUUUGAUAUAUGUCAUGGUAAAUCUCAAGAAGAUGAUUUUGCUCUUGAUGCUGCCAAGUUUGGUAAUGUUGGUAGAUUUAUUAACCACAGCUGUGACCCUAACGUGUUUGCCCAAAAGGUUUUCCACGACCAUGACGAUGAGAGAAUGCCACAUAUUAUGUUCUUUGCUGGUAAGCGUAUCCCUCCUGGUCAGGAACUUAUGUAUGAUUAUAAUUAUACGAAGGGUCGUGUUCGUGAUGCCAAUGGAAAGAUCAAGAGGAAGGCUUGCUCUUGUGGUUCUCGCAAAUGCACUGGCAGGCUGUACUAGCAGCCCUUUUUGGAAGGAUUCACAAGGAUUUGAGGAAAAAUCUUGAAAAGAGCAGCGUGGAUUAGGAAGGGAAGCGAUCCCUAUUUUUUGUAGCUGUUUGAAGGUAACUACGUGUUGGAUCCUAGUCAUAUCUACACAGGGAAGGCGAAUUCCUAUUGAGAUAUGAACUAAGUUUUUUCUAGUUAUUACUCUACAAAUACUAUUAUAGACACACGUUAAUAUUUAUUCUCUAGUUCAUGUUUUUUUUUGGUUGUCAAAUCUAUGGAAUGAAAAUAUAUCAAGCAUAAAGCAUGCUUCUUUCUUAA